GCCGCGGGGCGCCGCCAUCCCGGCCUGCCUGGGGAGGCCCGGGCUUUUCCCACCUGACUGCGGGUUGCUGCCGUCCCGGCCUGCCUGGGGAGGCCUGGGCUUUUCCCAUCUGGCCGGGGGUCGCUGCAGCCCCGGCCUGCCUGGGGAGGCCUGGCUGUGUUCUCCUUGUCACUCGUGCGUCUCUUGCUUCCUUUAUCAAGGCCGCCUACAGGGAGAACACAGUUGGUCUCCACCGUUUCUGCCCUACGGAGAACAUAGCAAAGAUCGAUCGAUCGGUGCUUCACUCCUACCUGAGAAACUACUACACCCCGGACCGCAUGGUGCUGGCCGGGGUGGGGGUGGGGCACGAGCAGCUGGUGGAAUGCGCCCGGAAGUACCUGCUGGGCACCCGCCCUGCCUGGGGCAGUGGGGCGGCCGUGCACGUGGACGGAUCGGUGGCACAGUACACUGGGGGCAUCGUCAAGCUGGAAAGGGACAUGUCCAGUGUCAGCCUGGGCCCCACCCCGUUCCCUGAGCUCACGCACAUCAUGAUUGGCCUGGAGAGCUGUUCCUUCUUGGAGGGGGACUUCCUCCCUUUCGCGGUGCUGAACAUGAUGAUGGGCGGCGGCGGCUCCUUCUCGGCCGGCGGGCCCGGCAAGGGCAUGUUCACCAGGCUCUACCUCAACGUGCUCAACAGGCACCACUGGAUGUACAACGCGACCUCCUACCACCACAGCUACGAGGACACGGGCCUCCUGUGCAUUCACGCCAGCGCCGACCCCAGACAGGUUAGAGAAAUGGUGGAAAUCAUCACGAGAGAGUUUGUUUUAAUGGCUGGAACUGUGGAUGUGAAGUCUUGCUUUUCUUCCUGGAUCAGAACUGGCACCAAUAAGCAGAUUCUAUAUACACACUACACGUGGAGGCGUGCCCAGACACGUGUGUGCACACGCACCCGCACAGGCACAUACACGCACACAGCAGCAGAGAAGCGCAGCGUGUGAGCCUGCUCGGGGUCAGCGGGUGUGGUUCACCUCAGGGCUUCUCUUCUGUACGUUCCAUGUGUUCUGCAGUAACCACAUACUCCCUUUUUAAUCAGAAAAAGAAGCAUUAUUUUAAAAAUAAAAACGUGUUUAAAAAUUUACACGUGGUGGUUCCAUUAGCGUCCGGCUAGAAAAAGUGUUUUUCUCUAAUGUGAAGGCAACUUGAGAUAAAAAUUAUUUGCCUGAACUUGCAAAAGUGAUCAAGACGUGUGUUAAAUCAGGAGUUAUUUUACUUAAAAGACACACAGACUCAAGGCAGCUGAGAUGUUUUCCAGCACCUGUUCUCCAGGCCUGAGAGCUCCCCAGUGGGCGGCCUGCACCUCUCACCAGCGCCCCCAUCUCUGCCCUUGCGCUCCAGGCUGGGCUUCAGGAACGGAACUCGCUGGAGCUGCAGUCUUAAACUUGGCCCCAGAUACAGAGCUGGUAGUUUGAGCUGGCUCCUGUGGAUUUCCCAGGGAGCGCGGUGAACGUAGCUGACAAGACCCUGCUCCGGGAUUUGCGGGGAGCCCCAGAGCCAGUGUUGAGUUUGUUUUCCUUGUGAUUUCAAUGUGUGGCCAGCUUUGGGGUCCUGCAGUUUGGGUGUUUGGUGUUCUUCCCUGGUGCAUGGCAAAGUGUAAACCCAAGAACUCCAGGGAAGCACAUACUUCUCCCUUAUUUCGAAUGUGGUAAAGGCCCUAUUAGUGUAGUUCCAGCCGUGACCCAGAAAGCACAGAGGCAGAAACAUGGCGGGAUCUGCUGGUGACUUGGGCCGCGAGCCCA